AUGUUCCCAAGAACUAUUCUACGAACAGCAGCCACAACCGGACAGAUUUAUUGUAUUCAAGGAAGAGGACUAGGAAUAUUUAGCAAAGGUAAAAAUCGAAUCAACUGUUUUUUCGAUGUCAGUGUUGAUGGUGCUCAAACUGGACGUAUUACAUUUUCACUCUACAAUGAUGUGGUACCCAAAACAGCAGAGAACUUUCGUGCACUCUGUACUGGUGAAAAAGGAUUCGGUUACAAAGAUUCAACAUUUCAUAGAAUAAUACCACAGUUUAUGUUACAAGGUGGAGAUUUUACAAAUCAUAAUGGUACUGGUGGCAAAAGUAUUUACGGAAACAAAUUUCCAGAUGAAAAUUUUCAAUUGAAACAUACAAAAGAAGGUUUAUUGUCAAUGGCUAACGCAGGACCGAAUACAAACGGAUCUCAGUUUUUUAUUACAACGGUGGCUACUCCUUGGUUAGAUGGUAAACAUGUUGUUUUCGGUGAAGUUACAGAAGGAAUGGAUGUUGUUAGAAAAUUAGAACAAUUAGGUUCUCAGAGUGGAAAACCAUCUAAAAAAGCUGUUAUUAAAGAUUGCGGCGUACUUCAGUAG